AUUGAAAGCAUAGGGCGAAUAGCAGUCCAUGUACUAUAUGGUCUAAGGUCAAACCUAAUAAAAACAAAAUAUCCAAAUAAAGCCAGGGUCUACUGGAACAUUUUAAAAAUUACGCUUUUAAACAUAUCGGAAAAGGAAAUACUUACCAAAUUUUAAUUCACGCAAUUUCUCCGCUAGUAAUAUUUACACUCUGUCUUACUCCUAGGCGCGAAUUGGAAUAAUACAAAAUAUAAAAGCUAGUCUGCGGUACAUUACAGAGAUUUGACUUUCCUUUGCUCGCGGUCCAACGCGAAUUUCCCUCAAAAAUAUACACCAUCAUAAAUUGAGCCAAGCUCGCGGCUUAACACGAACGCUCUCCCGAUUUAACGCGCACUGCCUGACGGCUCCCUCCAAUCAACCAACUUCUUAAUACUUUUAUUUUUUGAGUCAAACCCAUCCCGUAACUCGAACCUUUUCCACCAAUCAAAAUCAACUUCCCCGUCCAAACAAAAUGUUUGACAUCCAUCAACGCGCUCCCGUUACAGUAUAAAAUCAACAUGAAGAAAAUCCUUAAAAGUACAUCAAUUUCCUUGGGAAAGUGUUCCAAAUUUAUGGUUUUGGUACGCACGAACCAAAAGUCUAAUUGAUGAGAGUUUUGAAUGUAAGGUGUCAAAUAACCUAAAACUCUAAAUCUUCUCCUUGAAACGCGAUUCUAGCUUAUCGAACAGAAAUGUCGUCUAUUGCGAAUCAUGCUCUUAUAUAGCUGCCGAUAUAGCAAGAGAAAAACGGUACGCCCCCAAUGGAUAAUACCACAAGCGGAGUUGAUGAGGAAUUACACAAUUUGUUCAGGAAAACUAAUGCCGAUGAGCAAAAGUGGUUGAUCCGAAUCAUCUUGAAGGAUUUAAAAUUGGGAAUGGGUCAAGAUCGGAUUUUAAAGUUGUAUCACCCGGACGCAGUCGACUUAUUUACCGUUAACAACAGUCUCUCUAUAGUAUGCGAUACACUUUCGGAUUUAACCGCGAGAUUACACGAGAUUGAAGUGUCUGUUUUUUCGCCGUUUCGUCCUAUGUUGUCGCAACGUUGCGAUCCACUUCAAUUCAGAAAGGUCUUUAGUAAGAAUCCCAGGUUGUACAUUGAGAAUAAAUUCGACGGCGAAAGAUUUCAACUGCACAUGGAAAAUAACACGUUUAAGUUCUUCUCCAGAAAUGGUUUCGAUUAUACAUCUACGUACGGUUCCAAUUACUACACUGGCUCCUAUACACCAUUACUUAAAAACUCGUUUAAACAAAACGUACGCAACGUAAUUCUUGAUGGUGAAAUGAUGGGUUGGAAUAAGAGAACGAAUCAGUUUGGAUCAAAGGGAAUGGAUUUUGAUGUGAAACAUUUAAAACCCCAUAAUGUAUACCAACCGUGUUUCUGCAUUUUCGACGUCAUCUUCCUGAAUGAUCGGGUUUUAUCCAACCAACCUCUUUGCGACCGCUUACUCUUGUUGGACACGAUAAUUAAUCCCAUACAGGGAGUGAUAAUGACGAGUCAUCGAACAGAAGCCACAACCGAGCAAGAGGUUAUAGACAGCUUAAAUCGAUCUAUGGAUAGAGAGGAGGAAGGGAUUGUAUUUAAGGAUAUUAAUUCACUGUACAAAUCUAACGAUCGCAAUGCUGGAUGGUGGAAAAUGAAAUUAGAGUACUUCGAAAAUUUGAUGUCAGACUUAGAUGUGAUUAUUCUCGGCGGGUAUUACGGGGAAGGGAAAGGCCGAAAUCGAGUCACCGGAUUUUUGGUGGGUGUAUCAAGUGGACAAAACCAAAGUGAAGACAGAACUCCAACAGAGUACUGUUCCUUUGCGAAAAUUGCGACCGGCUUGAGCAACGACGAGCGGAAAAUUCUAGACGCGAAGCUCGGACCUCAUUGGAGGAAAAAAAGCGAGGGUAAUCCGGAGGACUUCGGGAUAGUUUGGGGCAAAGAAAAGCCGGACGUGUGGAUACCUCCGAAUGACUCGUGCGUACUUUUGGUGAGAGCGUCGGAGUUGGUGAGGGCCACCGAUUUUAGUACGAGGUACACGUUGCGAUUUCCGCGUAUUUUAAAAAUUCGCGAAGAUAAACCGAUUUACGAUUGCUUAACGUCGACCGAAUUGGAAGAGCUGGCCGGGACUAAAGUUGUACAGAAAUUGGGGAAACGGCAUAUCGAGCUGAGCGAUCUAGAGGUUGUGGAGAAAGAGAGAAAGGUGCGAAGAAAGUAUGUUCCCAAUGAAAUUAAACCCGUUGAGAGCAAGUCGGAAAUCCUAACAGGAUAUGAGUUCUGCGUGUUGAGCGGUUAUGAGGAUUGGAGAAAAGAUGAUGUGGAGGUUGCUAUUCGAGAACAUGGUGGAAGUGUUGUUCUAGUGGAAAGAAACGCCACACUUUGCAUCCUGGCCGGAGACGAUCAUCCCCGCGUCAACAUUUGCAAGCAACAAAAUGCAAAGUGCGACGUGGUUAAAUUGGAAUGGUUGCGUAAAAUUGUAAACACUGGAAAAUUCGCCGCGUAUACCCCGUUCGACCUGCUUCACACGUGCAGAAAAACCCGCGAUAGGUUCCUAGGCGAGUACGAUAAGUACGGAGAUUCGUACACCGUAAAGAUAACCGUAGAUGAUGUUCCGAAAAUUAUGGAAUCGGUUAAGGAAAGCAAAGACUACGCUUAUCUUGCACAGUUCGAAAUAGAUAAUUUAAAACAAGAGAUGGGCGUAGAGAAUUCGCUAAACGUAUUCGAGAAAUCGGUCGCUCAUUUCCAUUCCGAUCAGAGUGACUAUAAACUAUACGAUGGUGAUAAUAAUUUUUGUAUAGAGAAGACAAUGUUCAAAUUGUUAGGCGGGUCCAUCAGUGAAAUACUAAAUGAGAGCGUUACGAUAGUCGUCAUUGAAGAGGGCUCCAGUAAGGUGCAAGAAAUUAAACAGUAUUUAAAUUAUAUUGAUAAUAAGGAUGCUAAGAUUGUCAAUAAGGAUUACAUUUGUAGCAAAUUUUCGGAGGUAUUUAAUGCAUGAAAAUCGGUGAUGUAUGUGGAAUAUGAUUGUAUUGCAAUAAAUAAGUUUCAAUUCUU